AUGGCCGACGUCGAAAAGAACAUUGUCGUCGCUGACUCCUCCAGCCUGCCAACCUCAGCACCCGAGAAACCUCAGCCUGACGAUGAAGAUAUCUAUAUCGAUCCAGAGAAGGAAAGAAAAUUACUCUGGAAGUGUGAUAUAUACCUUACGUCCCUUUUGACCCUCUCAUUUCUAUCUGCUUACCUUGACCGUUCUAACAUCGGCAAUGCUGCGGUCGCGGGCAUGUUGCCAGAUCUGGGGAUGACUAGUCAAGAUCUUGCAAAUGCCGUGCUCAUGUUUUAUGUAACUUACGUUCCAUUCGAACUGCCCGGAUCCCUGUUGGUGAAGAAGAUCCGACCCAGCAGACUCUUACCCACGUUCAUGCUUGGAUGGAGUUUGGCAUGCUUGGGAACUGGUUUUAUCAAAACUGUGCCACAAUUCUACGUAACGCGUCUGCUAAUCGGCAUAUUUGAGUCGGGAAUGUAUCCAGCGCUGGCUAUCACACUCACCACAUUUUAUACCCCUAAAGAGCAAGCUCGCAGAUUUGCGUACCUCCACGUAUCCGUAGGGCUGUCUGGAGGUUUUGGUGGUCUGUUCGCGUAUGCACUACUAAAGCUGGAUGGCGUUCGUGGCAUUGCUGGGUGGAGAUGGCUGUUCAUCGUCGAAGGUAUCAUCAGCGUCUGCAUUGCGUUCUUAUUGUGGCUAGGAAUGCCAGACAAUUACGAUAACGCGAAAUUUCUGAACGAAGAAGACAAGGCCCUCAUGCGCCUGCGAACGAUCAAGCACGAUCGAUAUAUGAGGCUGAACGAGACUUUUGAUAAGAAGGAAGUGUUUAAAGCCUUUAAGGAUAAGAAGCUCUGGCUCAGUGCCUUGAUCCAAUUUUUGGGUGAUGUACUAUCCUUCGGCAUCUCAACUUUCUUGCCAUCUUUGGUCAAGUCUUUUAAGUUUGACUCAGUCUUGACCCAGCUACUGACCGUCCCGAUAUACUUCUGGGCUGUGUUCUUCUAUAUCACCAUUUCAUUCUGGUCAGACAGAAUCCAGAAGCGAGCAAUCUUCAUGAUACCAGGUGGUCUUGCUGUGGCAGUUGGUCCCAGGCAUAUACGGCUCAACUAUGUAUGGAUGUUGAACAGCCACGCUGGCUACUUCAAACGAGCCACAGCUAUUGGUAUUAAUAUGACGGUGGGAAACUGUGCAGGACUUGUUAUUGGCCGAAUUUUCAAGAAUACUACCUCGGAGGGCCGGUAUUUGGAAGGAGAAGCUACUUCAUUGGGUUGCGGACUAGCCUGCUCCGUUCUUAUUACGGUGCUUUUCAUGUAUAAGAGAAAGCAAAAUAGCAUAAGGGAUGCUCUUAGUCUUGAGGAAAGGCAGAGGUGGAUCGACGAGGGUAGGGCCGGAGACGGUCAUCCAGAUUUCCGGUAUAUCUUGUGA